ACUCUUUGGAAUCGACUCCCGGUCCCAAUGGUCAGGAAAAUUAAACAAGAUGGUUUGCUGGACGGUUGAGAAGGAGAUCCUUUUGAUCGACUUCAUGCAAGCGCGGAGAGUGCUUUGGGAUCCGAAGGAUGAAAACUACUACAGAAGAGGAGACCGAGAUGCGGUCCUGGAUGAACUUGCUGAGCUUCUAGGACACGAUGAGCGAGGAAACAAAUACAGCCGCACAGAUAUUAAAGAGAAAUUUCAUAGCAUGAGAACCGUUUUCAACCGAGAAGCCAAGAAAGCGGAAGCCUCACUGCAGUCUGGAACUGCUACAGAUGCUGUGUAUGUGCCACGCUGGGUUCACUUCAACAGAAUGCUGUUCCUGAGGGAUGUACUUAGAACAAGACCAGUCCAGGACAAUAUGAAACACAGCACGAUUUUGAAGACAUGUUUGAAGGACGAGUGUGAGGAGGAGCUCGAAGAUGGUGCUAUACCAAGCACCAGUGACUCCUGUACAACCCCUGAAGCACCAGCACCAAGACAAAGAAAACGAAAAGCAAAUAUUGAUGAGAGCGAUGCCACAAGAAUGGACAUUUGUAAUAGCAUACUUAAAUGUCUGCAGCAGCCAUCAGAAGUGGAUCCAAAUGACACGUUUGGAAAAUAUGUUGCUGACACAUUGAAAGGUAUGAGCCUUUGGAACAGAGAACUUUGCAAAGCUGAGAUACAACAGGUUAUGUCAAAACAUCUUCUGAAUGACAUGCAAAACGAUGCGUGACGUUUACAGAGAAGAGCAGUGUUCUUCAUUGUGCAGCUCGCUGGCCACUAGCAGCCCCUGGAGGGCAACAUGGUGGCCCUUGAACUCCUCAACCAUAGACACAUAUCUCUGAAAUACAGAAAAAAGUAGUAGGCUUGAUACGUUUCAAUAAUAAAAAUGCAGUUUAUCAUUCUCUAAAACAAGUCAUGAUACAGCUUCACCCCUAAGUGCGGCUGUUGCAGUUGUAGUCCUAGGGGUUAGCUAGUUAUGUUUCAGUUUCAUUUCACUGACAAUUUCAAUUUAUUUACACUUACAAACAAAAAUGCCUGGAGCAGUACCGUGCCUACUUUUCUAAGGAAAAAUGGCUCAUCAGCAAAAGAAGCACAGAAUAUACUAAGACAGUACAAAGUGGUGUUUCUGAGGUAAGGAAGCAAAUCUGAAAGACAAACUAGUUCAAGAUGAAUGGAUCUGUGAGUUUCUUUUUAUUAUGAGUGCAUUAUACUGCAGCCAAUGAUUCUAUUGUACGAGUUAAUAACUUAAGGUUUUUAAGUUUUUCUUUUACUAAAAUUAUUAAAACUUUAUGGCCUAAUGUUAAACGUUCAGCAUCAGCCAUCAGCCUAUAACACACCCAUUUCUGAAAAUCUCAUAGCCUGUCCUUUGUCCCUAGUCUUGCCGCAGUCUGUUCUUUUUGGAAAUUAAGUAGAUCUUUGUCUCCUUAAUAUGUAUUAAAUGAAAUCUACACAUCAACCUGAUUGGC